CUUUGUUUGUUUUUCAAAUACCUCCUCGUUUUCAUCGUCGGAGACAUUCUCCUCCGGUUGGUCCAAGUCUAUGUCAAACACUCCAGCCAUGACACCCGGUUGCUCAGGUUGUUCUAGUCACAAACUCCGAGAACAGCGAGCGGCGCCCACCUCAUGGACAAACACACACGGCCGCCAUAACCGGCUACUACAACGAGCAUGCGCACUGUGGCACUCUGGAAAAGGGGCGGUGACAUUUGACGGCUACAGUCAGAAAAUGCUAACAUUUACUUAACUAUCUUUAAAUAAAACCUUUUACACGACUGCGCCACCUUAGACAUUUCUGAUUUUAGAAGGUAGGUUGGCUUGGACCGGGCUGGUUAUUAAAUAGAAGAGUAAUAUUGGUUUCAAAAUGCAGUACUGCUGCAACUGCUGGAAGUAAUGCUUCAAGUGCCUGUCCCAAGUCUGACUAAAUGUAGGGAGCUGGGUCAGACUGGGGAAUGGCUUCUUUUUCCCUUGGCAGCUUCUGCCUUUAUAAGUGACCUUUGGAGAGAAAAUAGACUCCUUUGAUUUGUGCUUGUGUCAUUCAUGAUUUGUAGCUUGUGUUUACAUGUUGGUGAGUAACUUUCAUCUUCCAUCUAACCUCCUCUGUAUCCUCUUCCUUCACAUCAACAAGCAUCCUCAUGCCCUCCUAUAUGAGAACUGGACUGAGUGAUUCCAAAUAUGAAGUACCUGCUGGUUCCAAUAAGCCAAAAUUCCAUAGACAUGUAUUGAGAAAUAAACACAAUUACUCAGUCAUUAUAUUAAUCAGAAUAAUCAUUCUUGCCCUAAUACCUGUUGAUCAUGCUUUUUUUCAUUAUAUUUUUUCUUUCAAUAGUUAAAAUUAUAUACUGGCCAAUCAGAUGUGUCAAUGAAAGCAUGUGGCCCUCAAAUCUCUCAUUUGAUUGAGAAAUUAAUAGAAUAGAAAAAAAGCUUUAUUAUUCCCGAAAAAAAUGCAAAAACAGAAACAAGUGGAUUUGCAACCACACAAGCACACCAGAAUAAAACAAUAAAAAAACAAUAAAACUAUAAAAACAACCAACAAUUAAAAUAUAUUACUUAAAAUAUCAAAUAAAUAUUAAUAUAAUAAAUCCAUAAAAUAUUCCUGAAAUAUCAAACCAUAAAAUAGUCAAAAAAAUAAAUAAAUUGGGCUUUCUUUUGAUACUCUGUAUCUUGUCUGUCUUAUAGCAUGAGGCUCAAAGACUACCUCAGUCUUUCUGUGGAGCAGCGUUGAGACAGUAGUCUGCUGCUAAAUGUGAUCCUUCUCCCAGUAAAGGUCUCAUGCAGGGGUGUGAGGGAUUGGUCACAAUGGCCCUGAACCUGAACAAAGUCCUCUGCUUUACCAUGUCUUCCACUGGGGUCAGUCCAACCACAGAGCUCGCCUUAUGGAUUAGUUUGUUCAACCAGGAGAUGUUCUCCUUACUGGUGCUGCACCAGCACACUGAAGCUGAGGGUACUGAGGUACAGAGAUAUUGCAGCCUCCUGGUUAAGUACUCCAUGAUCCAGGACACCAAGAAUGGCUCCACAGCCAUCCUGGUGAGCUUCUCCUGCAGCAGAUUGGGUUGAUAUUGGAAAUGGCAGGGAUGACAUUAAACCAUAGACCGUUAAUCGGUCUAUGCAUUAAACCUAUUAAAAAGAUAUUCAGGUCAUUGGCUUUUCUGCACUUUAACCAACCACACCAGCCUUCUUCUUGCACCCUGUGAUAGCUUUCAUCCAUUCCCACACUUCCUUACUCUGUUUUCUUUCAGCUUACCCAUAACCCUUUUCUUCUCUCAUGGCUUUUUGGUUCCAGGAAGCACAUCUGCCAUAAAACUGAAAGGAUGAGUUCAUAAAAACUGAAACACCUUGUAGGUCUAAAAAUAAGCACUGGAAGAAUGACUGGGAAAAGAAAAAUGGCUAAAAAGUCAAACAAGCAUGAAUAUGGGGUAUUAAAAACACAUGACAUAAUAAUAUAAUAAAUCCAGAAAACUAUUAUGACCUACAUUUUUGGUUUAUUUUUAACCUGUUUAAGGCUGUUUAUUUAUUCUUUGAAUUCUGGCUUGUUUCUGAAAAUUUAUUUAAAAUGUGUUUAACUUAAGAAUGUCAAUGGAAAUACAUUGAGACUUCAAAAUAAAGGUAUUAGCUCUUUUCCUACGGCUCUCCGAGUCCUCACAUCUAUGCAUUAUCACUGAUAGUCUCUUAUAAAAGCGUAUAUAUAUACAUUUAUACAGAAAAGCAUAUAUUUUCGUUGUAUUUAGAAAAUAUUACGGCUACCGUCAACAAAAAAUAUUAUUUUGAAAAUUCUCAACAGGAAGCGUUUGUUCAUAACACUUUGUGGCGGCAGCGCAUGCGCUUUUCAAAACUGAAGGAAACUACUUUCUCAGCGGAGCUUGAGUGCAGUUGUGUUCUGUUUGGACCCGUCAUGUCCGUGGUGACCGUCCAGCUCGGUCAGUGUGGGAACCAAGUGGGUCAGGAGCUGUUUGACGUGCUCUGCAGCGAUGCGCUGGCGGGACAGAGGAAAACGUACAGCACGGCCAGCUGUGAGAGGUUCUUCCAUCAAACUGCACAGGGAGAGCUGGAAGCCAGGGCCGUGCUAAUUGAUAUGGAGCCCAAAGCCAUCAACUCCAGUAGGACCAAGGCUCUGAGAGGUGGCAGGUGGAGGUAUGGAGAAGAUUCCCACUUUAGCCAGAAGCAGGGAUCUGGAAACAACUGGGCUAAUGGAUUUUGCAUCCAUGGUCCUCAUCACAAAGAUGCAGUGGAGGAGCUGGUGAGGCGGGAGGUGGAGCGCUGUGACAGACUGGCGGGUCUCAUGACCAUGAUGAGCGUGGCAGGUGGAACCGGCUCAGGCGUUGGCACCUACAUCACUCAGUGCCUCAGAGAUAUUUACCCAUCAUCCUUUGUCCUCAACCACCUCACAUGGCCGUUUGGGACAGGGGAGGUGAUCCUCCAGAAUUAUAACUCGGUGCUGACGUUGGCUCAUCUCUACCAGCUGUCUGACGCCAUCGUGGUGCACGAGAACGACACAGUCCACAGGAUCUGCAGUCGGCUGCUCAACAUCAAACCAAUCGCCUUCACUGACAUCAACAGAGUCAUUGCUCAUCAGCUGGGUGGCGUCCUGCAGCCGGCCUUAACCCCUGACUCCAACGGAGUCUACAGCCUGAAUCCUAUUGGAGAGUUGGUGAGCGCUCUUUGUUGUCACCCGGAGUACAAACUGCUCAGUGUUUCCACCAUCCCUCAGAUGCCCAGCUCCUCCGUUCCCUACAGCUCCUUCAGCUGGACGGGUCUGCUCAAACACCUCCGACAGAUGCUCAUCUCCAACACCAAGAUGGAGGAAGGCAUAGAUUGGCAUGUGCGUCCACCUCCAGCUUCUGGGCGGAUCAGGAGUGCUGCUGGAAGCAGCUUCAACACCUCGCUGGCUAACCUGCUGGUGUUGAGAGGGAAGGACGUCUACAGCGCAGAGACGGGAAGCUUCGAAGAUGCAACGAUCUACACCCCUUGGCUCUCACCAGCAGAAGCUUUCAGCGCCUGGAAAUCCCCCACUCCCUUUAAUAAGUAUGAGAAGUCCGCCACACUGGUCAGUAACAGUCAGGCUCUGCUCGGACCCUUGGAUGACAUCGUGAGAAAAGCCUGGAACAUGUUUGCCUCCAGGGCUUACAUCCAUCAGUAUGAUGCAUUUGGGAUCUCUGAGGAAAAUUUUCUUGACAGCUUUACAGCUCUUGAGCAAGUCAUCUCCAGCUACCGUGAACUACAGAGCUAGCAGUGGAAAAAAAUGAACUCUACAGUUAUGUGGACUUCAGAUAUUUUUGAUGCUUUGAUGUGAAUAAACUUAUUUUUUUAUCCCA